CCAGAGUUUCCGGAUCUGGACCAGCUGUUUCCAGGUUUCGAGAACUCGUCGUUGCUCACCUGGCCCUGCGGCCGUCGAACCACCUCCACGCGCGUGGUGGGCGGAAGGGCCUCGGAGCUGGGGCGCUGGCCGUGGCAGGGCAGCCUGCGCUGGUGGGGCUCCCACCACUGCGGGGCCAGCCUGCUCGGCCGCCGCUGGGUGCUCUCGGCCGCGCACUGCUUUGAAAGGAACAGGGAUCCCUUUGAGUGGUCCGUCCAGUUUGGAGAGCUGUCCGCCGUGCCGUCCAUCUGGAGCCUGGAGGCCUACUACAACCGAUACCAGGUGGAGAAGAUCAUUUUGAACCCCUUGUAUCUGGGGGCUACAUCCUAUGACAUCGCGCUGCUGAGGCUGGCCUCCUCCGUCACCUACAGUCAGAACGUCCGGCCCAUCUGCGUGGCGGCCUCUUCCUCCGAGUUCCAGAACCGGACCAACUGCUGGGUGACCGGCUGGGGGAACGUCGAGGAAGAACAAGUCCCUGCAGCUCUGCCACCGCGCCUCCAGGAAGCACAGGUGUCCGUCAUCAACACCUCCAGGUGUGCGCUGCUCCAGCGUCCUGCUCUCCUCAGUUACAACCCAGAUGACAUGCUUUGUGCUGGCUCCGAGAACGGCCAUGACGCCUGCAGAGGUGACUCCGGCGGACCCUUGGCCUGCGAGAAGAGAGGGCUGUGGAUUCAGGUUGGAAUCGUGAGCUGGGGAUCGGGCUGUGGGAGGCCCAACCGGCCCGGCGUCUACACCAACGUCAGCAGGCACUUCGGCUGGAUCCGGACGCUGAUGGCCCGUGGGGGCACUCAGAGGCCAGAGCCCUCUCCGCUGCUCCUCCCCCUGCCUGUGCUCUGGGUCGCCUGGCUCCCGCAGCUGGCCUGAGCCCAACAGACCCUUGCGAGCUGCGGCCAUCUGCUGAGCCAGCCCCGUCCCCCACCCUGUCCCUUUUCCAAUAAACACAUCAGCAUGUCGCA